AUAGAAGCUGAAGUCUCAGCUCAGUCAUACGAGGCAAACGAUGGAUAAAUUAUUUAUAAGAAUUAUGGAUAAAACCAAGUGAAUUCACUUGGGGAAAAAAAAUUCAAACCAAUUACACUCGAGUUUAUGUUUAUCCAUAAAAAAAGGAAAUAAAAACAAUACCUAAGAAGAGGCUGUAGGAAAAGAAGAAGAAAAAAAUCUAAAGAGGAACGGGCCCGCCGCGGAAACUGAAAUUGGACUAAUCCAACAGAAGAGUCCAAUAGCCCAAGUGGAGAGUCAUUUUAAGUUUUAACACAUCAACCCGCUUUGAUCCGCCCCGCGGUGCAAAUAUGGUUGGUCGUAUCUUACGUGUCGGAAUAUAAUUGGUCUCAUCUCGUGGCCACCUGCCCACCCUCUUUAUGUAAACUGUUGCUUGCGACCUCUUACCCACAUCGUCAUUUCUCGGAGCGGGUCAAAUAACGAGCCGCGUCCUGCUCUACUUCUCUGCGAGCUCCAUCUCCCCUCAUCUCGACAGAUCGCGUCUGAAAGUAAGGCUCUAUCCUUACGAAUUGCUGAAUCUGUUUAUGGCCAGGGUUUAGUGACUCGAUUGCUUAACGCAUUUCUCUCCACUUGCGCAUUGGCAAUCGAGCUAGAUCGGUGCAGUUCCUGUGUAUUGAUUUCAAAUAUCCACUUGCAUGUUCUGAUAACUAGGGUUUCGAUUUAGGCCUUACCGAUCUGUCUGCUCGGUUUCAUUCAAUUUACGCCAAUUUCGUAUCCCGAUUUGCCGUCUUAUUUCUGGAUCUGUGUUCUCAUCAUCAAUUUUGGCUGCUGUGUGAAGGUUAUUGUGCCCUCUUGAGUUGUGAGAAAAAUGGGAGGGGGAUUCAGGGUUCUGCAUCUGGUCAGACCUUUCCUUUCGUUUCUGCCCGAGGUGCAGAGCGCAGACAGGAAGAUCCCAUUCAGAGAGAAGGUCAUCUACACUGUUAUCGCGCUCUUCAUCUUCCUGGUGUGCAGUCAGCUCCCGCUCUACGGCAUCCACUCUACCACCGGCGCCGAUCCAUUCUAUUGGAUGCGUGUCAUUCUCGCCUCCAACAGAGGUACCGUUAUGGAGCUUGGAAUUACCCCCAUCGUUACUUCUGGAUUGGUGAUGCAGCUCUUGGCUGGAUCCAAGAUCAUUGAAGUUGACAACAGCGUUCGUGAGGAUCGGGCUUUGCUGAAUGGGGCACAAAAGCUGUUGGGUAUCCUGAUUGCUGUUGGUGAAGCUGUUGCGUAUGUGCUAUCUGGGAUGUACGGCAGUGUUGGUCAGUUGGGUGUUGGGAAUGCGAUUCUCAUCAUUCUUCAGUUGUGCUUUGCUGGCAUCAUUGUUAUAUGUCUGGAUGAGCUGCUCCAGAAAGGAUAUGGUCUCGGCUCUGGGAUUUCUCUCUUCAUUGCCACCAACAUCUGUGAAAACAUCAUCUGGAAAGCAUUCAGCCCCACAACCAUCAACAGUGGUCGAGGUGCUGAGUUCGAGGGUGCUGUCAUUGCCUUGUUCCAUCUCCUCAUCACUAGGACGGACAAAGUUCGGGCUCUUCGAGAAGCUUUCUACCGGCAGAAUCUUCCCAAUGUUACUAAUUUACUUGCCACAGUCUUGAUCUUCCUCAUCGUUAUCUACUUCCAAGGUUUCCGUGUUGUGUUACCUGUGAGGUCUAAGAAUGCUCGUGGACAGCAGGGUUCAUACCCUAUCAAGCUUUUCUACACCUCCAACAUGCCAAUCAUUCUCCAAUCUGCACUUGUUUCCAACCUCUACUUCAUCUCUCAGCUGCUCUACAGGAAGUACAGUGGCAAUUUCUUUGUCAAUUUGUUGGGAAAGUGGAAGGAGUCUGAAUACUCUGGUGGUCAGUUCAUCCCUGUUGGUGGCCUUGCAUACUAUGUCACUGCCCCAGCUAGCUUGGCAGACAUGGCGGCCAACCCGUUCCAUGCAUUGUUUUACCUGGUAUUUAUGCUUGGUGCCUGCGCACUCUUCUCAAAAACCUGGAUUGAGGUUUCUGGGUCUUCUGCCCGUGAUGUUGCCAAGCAAUUGAAGGAGCAACAAAUGGUUAUGCCAGGACACCGUGACUCAAACCUGCAGAAGGAGCUGAACCGCUACAUCCCUACAGCAGCUGCUUUUGGUGGGAUCUGCAUUGGCGCAUUGACGGUGCUGGCUGAUUUCAUGGGAGCAAUAGGUUCGGGAACUGGUAUCCUACUGGCAGUCACCAUCAUUUACCAGUACUUUGAGACCUUUGAGAAGGAGAAGGCCAGUGAACUCGGCUUCUUCGGGUUUUAAGAGCCCAUGUUAGUGUUACUGCUGUAGUUGUUUUUUCCCCUUCCCUGUAUCCUUUUGUUACUUAAUUACGUGUUAGGAAGAGAAGAAGAUACGAAAGUUGGUCAAAGUGACAGUUUUUUGGGUGAGAAGCUAGUUCUUUUUCAUUCAACUGUUUUAGCUACAUUUAGUGUAGACUUUAAAAGUCGGAAGUUUAGUGCUUCAUGUUAAAACUGGUUGAUAUAGUCUGUGGUUGGUAAGUUCAACUGAUGACAAACUUGGGGAGAUGCCUCUUUUUUUUUUUUUUUUUUUCUUCUACUCGUUCAAAGGUAAGAUAAUUUUACUGUUGAGAUUCCCAGUUUCACCUCUGACCUCUUCAAGGAUAAGAACAUAGGGUUGGAGACAAAUAGAAAUGAGGUUGUUGUGGGCCUGUGGUGGAGGUUGGGCUUCGUUGAUUUAAUUGUCUGCUGGAAUGGACACCACAGAAUCCGUAGUCUGAGCCGUCGUUGAUCAACUGCUUCAUUGGGCUCUGAUUGUUCCCCAGAACAGAAGUUAGAAUGAAGCCCAAAGAAGUCUUAACGGCGUCCGCAGGAUGAACCAUCGGUCUUGUACUCUUGUUCCAUCUUCCAUCCAUGGUCCAUGAGUGAUGAGACCAUAGCACCGGGAAAGUCAGCAGUACGAUAUUUUAGUAUAAAACUGUAGUUUAACC